CUCUACGGGGAAGCGAUUUGGAGGAGGAGGAAGAGGGGGAGGAGAGGAGGAGGAGGACGAGGAGGAAGAUGAGAAAGACGGGGAGGAGGAAGAGGGGGAAAAGGAGGACGACGACGAGGAGGAGGAGAGCGCGAGGAAGAGGAGAAAGAGGAAGAGGAGAAAGAGGAGGAAGAGGAAAAGCAGGAGGAGGAGUGAGAGGAGAAAGAGGAAGAAGAGGAGGAAGAGGAGAAAGAGGAGGAAGAGGAGGAAGAGGAGGAGGAGGAAGAGGAGAAAGAGGAGGAGGACGAGGAAGAGGAGAAAGAGGAGGAGGAGGACGAGGAAGAGGAGAAAGAGGAGGAAGAGGAGGAGGAGAAAGAGGAGGAAGAGGAGGAGGAGGAGGCGGAGGAAAAAGAGGAGAAAGAGGAGAAAGAGGAGGACGAGGAGGAAGAGGAGGAAGAGGAGGAAGAGGAGGAGGAAGAGGAGGAAGAGAAUGAGGAAAAGGAGGAGAAAGAGGAGUAGGAAGAGGAGGAAGAGGAGGAGGAAGAGGAGGGGAGGAAAGGCUAAUCACUUCCUGGUGAUA